AUGGCGACCUCCAGGGAAAAUGAUAACGCUUCAUUAAGGAAAAGACACCUUCAAGGUGCUUUAACGGACGCAAAAUGUACAGACAAUAGCAAUAGCCGCAAAAAAGAUGCAGCGAACCGUGUCGACGGCACCAAGAAAGAAAAGGUUCACUCCUUAAAAACUGGGACUUUCUGGCUCACGCGUAUUGUGCUCCUGCGCUCGGUUGCCUUUAUUUACUUCGUGGCCUUCAGUGUCGCUUACAACCAGAAUAAACAGCUGAUUGGCGAAAACGGCCUAAUGCCCUGCGAGAGCUACCUCAAUAGCGUCAAGCGCUACGUGGGAGGAAAGAUAGGCAUGGCUGCUUUGGCGUACGCUCCCUCCAUCCUUUGGUUCUUGGACUGGAGCAACAUGGAUGCCAACCUAGAUGGCAUCGCCUUGUUGGGGAUGGCCCUCUCUGGUUUUGUUCUGGUGACAGGAAUGGCAAAUAUGGUGAUCAUGGUGUCCUUGUGGGUGCUCUACCACUCCUUGGUCAAUGUGGGACAGCUGUGGUACUCCUUUGGCUGGGAGAGUCAGCUUUUGGAAACGGGGUUCCUGGCUAUUUUCCUGUGUCCGCUGUGGACUCUGUCCCAAGUGGCUCGCCGUUGUCCCCCCUCCCUCAUCUGCAUCUGGGCUUUCAGGUGGCUUAUAGUGCGAAUCAUGCUUGGAGCCGGCCUGAUUAAAAUCCGAGGAGACAAAUGUUGGAGAGACCUCACCUGCAUGGAUUAUCACUAUGAGACCCAACCUGUUCCAAACCCCAUGGCUUACUACAUGCAUCGCUCCCCUUGGUGGUUCCAUCGCUUCGAGACUCUGUCCAACCACUUUAUCGAACUGAUAGUCCCCUUUUUCACCUUCCUGGGCAGGCGAAUGUGCAUUGUCAAUGGCGCGCUCCAGAUCCUGUUUCAGACGGCUCUGAUUGUGAGUGGGAACCUCAGUUUCCUCAACUGGUUGACCAUUGUUCCCAGUUUGGCCUGUUUUGACGACGCGUCACUGGGAUUCUUGUUUCGGUCUGGAAGUGGAGCCAAGAAAACAGUAGUGAAGAUUCAACACGAGGAAAAAAGUGGGCGGAUCCCAGAACCCACUAGAGGAAUGCGGAUUCGUAAAGUGGUCAAUGUGUCAUUGGGCGUUCUGAUCGGCUGUCUCAGUGUUCCGGUGCUCUUGAACCUAUUCAGUCCCAGACAGGUGAUGAAUACCUCAUUUGACCCACUGCGCAUCGUAAACACCUAUGGGGCCUUUGGCAGUAUUACCAAGGAGCGCACAGAGGUGAUUUUCCAAGGCACUCUUAGUGAGGAUCCCAAAGACCCAAAGGCCGUUUGGGAGGAAUAUCAGUUCCUUUGUAAGCCGGGAGAUCCGUAUCGACGGCCGUGUCUCAUUUCCCCGUACCAUUACCGUCUGGAUUGGCUCAUGUGGUUCGCAGCCUUUCAGACAUAUGAGCAAAGUGAGUGGGUCAUUCACAUUGCAGGACGUCUGUUAGCUAAUGAUAGCACAGUCCUGUCGCUGAUGGACCACAACCCCUUCGAGGACAGAGGCAGCCCCAAGUGGGUUCGAGGGGAACAUUACAGAUAUAAGUUCAGCCAACCGGGCAGCGCCAGUGCAGCUGAGGGUAAGUGGUGGCUGAGAAAACGCAUCGGCGCCUACUUCCCUGCCGUGAACCUGGAAGCACUCAAGGGGUAUUUCCAGUCCCGAGACUGGCCCCACCCACAUAUACCAACACAGAAGCAUUGA